CAAGUAUGGCAUCUAAACCGGUUGUCAUGGUAAUUGGUGCAACUGGUACGAUUGGCUUCGCGACCAUUAGUUCCUUAGUGUCCGAGCACAGUAGURCUUUCGAUAUACAGGCAGGCGUUCGUGAUCCAAAGAAAGCUGAAGACAAGUUUAAAGAUCUAAAAGGAGCUGUCAAAAUUGUCCAGGCCACAAUGGGUGACAAAGAUUUGCCGAAGGUCUUUCAAGGUGUCAGUCGGUUAUUCAUCGUAACACCUCCGACUAAAGACCGAGCAGAACUUACCAUAGCAACGAUAACGUCCGCCAAACUAGCAGGGGUGCAAAGCAUUGUGGUCGUCAGUGCUUGUGCASCAGAUGUGAAACUGGGAUUCAUGAUYGGAGAACAAUUCAAGCAGAUCGAGGAGGCAAUCAAAAACCUUGAUAUCCCAUCCACCAUCGUUCGUUUACCAGGCUUUCUUGAGAACUAUUAUGGUUUUCGAGRCAACAUCAUAAACCGCUCCUGUAUUUGYAUGCCCGUGGAUCCUAACAAACCAUACACGCCGGUAGCAGCCAUUGAUGCUGGUAAGUUAUAG